AUGGUACACCUAGUGGCUGUACCAGAGUCAAUCACGGCAAGUGGCUGUGCUUGUGUCUUUAUUGACACCCUCUUCCAACUUCGUGGGUUGCCCCGUGAACUCGUAUCAGACAGAGAUCCACGCUUCGUUGCUGAUUUCUGGCGUUCCGUGUUCAAAUCACUCGGAACGCGCUUGAAGAUGUCGACGUCUGAUCAUCCAGAGUCAGAUGGUCAGACGGAACGUGCCAAUCGUGUCCUUGAAGAGAUACUUCGAGGAUACGUACACUCCUUUAAGAGUUGGAGUGAGUUUUUGCCAAUGGUAGAGUUUGCCAUUAACAACUCGUUGCAUGCGUCCACGACACAUACACCGUUUUACGUGAAUGGCUUACGCCAUCCGCGUUUACCCACCUUACUAGAGUGUAACUCUGGUUCGAGGGGGGGAGGGACUCGCGCGAGCAAAAACCGAAUUGGUUCACGCUCAUCACGCUCUGACGAAGAGGUCAUUGCGUUUGAUGCCGAUAUCGAUAACAUCGAUAUCGAAGAAGAUGAUGCCAGUGAGAGUGCGGAAGCCCUCACUGAAGAAAAGGUUGAUGUUGCUGCAGUGCACUAA